AUGUCAAUUGAAUAUACAAAAGGAAACGCUAUUUCAAUAGCAAUCAAUAGUUUCAAUGUUGGUUUCGCUCAUGGAUGUAAUUGUCACUGUAAAAUGGGUAAAGGUAUUGCCAGAGAGGUAAGAAAUCGUUUACCUCAAAUGUAUAGUGCUGAUAAGUCGAGUGUUAUCGGUGAUAGAAACAAACUAGUAGUAGUUAUUUUAAAUAGUUUACUUGUUGAUUCUCUAGAUAUCAUUAACGAUGAUGAUCAUGAUGACAAUCACCACGAUUUAGGUUUUCAACACAACUGUAUCCACGAUAACAUUAACGGCAAUGAAAAAAUAAUCUCUAAACAUCGGAGUUUACAGACUGACGCGUCAGUCACUACUCAUCCCAUCCGAUUGAUUUUCAACACCACCUAUUUAGAUCUCAAACAUAGAGAAUCUCAAACUUGUUACCAUAAAGGACAAGUAGUGACUUUGAACAGCGUAACCAACCACACCUGUAAAAAGCAUGAUAUCCUAACACCAGAGUUGGCUGACUUGCUCACCAAAGUCGUAUUGCCACACAUUUCAUCGACCUUUGCCAAGUAUCUUAGUGUAAGAGGUACGAAAAGAAACUCGUAUCACCAACCGUUCACCUGCUAUGAAGAUUACUCGAUGGACAUCACCGAUGGAUUCGAAGGAGAUUAUAUCAUCUAUGUUUCUGCUCAUCCAAUAGCGGCACGUCACACCAUUGCCUACUCACGAUCCUGUCUAACACAUGCCGAUAACGGUGCACCGUAUGUGGGGAUCUUUAACUUUGCUCCAAGUUUCUUCACACCUUUCACCAAUGAGACAUAUCGCCAAUCAAACCAAGCACUUUGGAACAAGUUCUUACGUGUCGGCCUGCAUGAAACUACUCAUGCACUCGGUUUCAGCGCAACGCUAUAUUCCAAAUUCCAAGAUCGUACCACUGGCAAACCAUACAGUCAUAAGAUCAACCCUUCUAUUAAUAGCAGCUUAACAACACCAUCAGGUGUCAAUUUCCAAUACAAUAGAUACUUUCUCACAACACCAUCCGUUAUCAGUGUAACAAGAAAUCAUUUUGGUUGCAAAAAUCUCAUAGGUGCAGAAUUGGAAAACAUAGGUGUUUCUGCUACUUCUCAUUGGAAAACAACCAGAUUUGGUGAAGAAUUGAUGCUUGCACAUGCCAAACAUGUAUCUCCACUAACAAAUUUAACUCUUGCUUUAUUAUAUGAUACUGGAUGGUAUGAAUUAAAUAAUAUUGGUAAUGUUGAAUCUACUAGCUGGGGUAAAGGUAUGGGUUGUGAUUUCGCAGAUAAACCGUGUACGCCUGAAAUUUGGAGUCGUGAAGGCUAUUGGUCAUCUGUCAACAACAAAACAGGUUGUUCAGCUUCGAGAUCUGGUAUUGGUAAAGCUGGAUGGGUGACUUACAAGAAAUCAUUACCCGAUGCCAGUCAACAUUUCACCAAUCCACGUGUUGGUGGUACUUCGGCAAUAUAUGACAAUUGUGUCUGGAAUAAACCCGAUGAAUACUGCUUCGAUACCUCACGUCAUUCGAAAUACGAAGAUGAAAUCAUGGGUGCCAAUUCUUUUUGUUUCAAACAACUAUUGUCACCACAAACCCAUAGAAGUGGUAGUGGUGGUGAUGACCAAUAUGGUUAUGGCUGUCGUCCCCAACGUUGUCGAGGUCUUCAACUUCAGGUUCAAUUCAAAGGAGUUUGGUUCGAUUGUCCUGCCGCACAAACAUUAUUACUUUCUCCAGAAACAAUAAUAGUCUGUCCCAAUGACAACACUUGUUCACCCACUGCAAUUCCAUUAAUAUAA